CGCCGUGCGAUUGGUUGCCCAGGCCGGUGUUACCUGAUACGAAUAUCAAGCAGUGAGCCAGAGCAGCGGGGCUCGCGGUACAGGUACCAGCGGAGAGGAGACAUGGACAGCAAAGAGCAAGGAGCCCAAAUGGAGCCAUUGUUACCCACGAGAAAUGAUGAAGAAGCUGUAAUAGACAGAGGGGGAACUUGCACAAUUCAGAAAUCACAUUUUGAAAAAGAAGACUUGGAAGGUCAUCGGACUUUGUAUAUUGGUGUUCAUGUACCACGAGGAAGACGAAGCCAUCGACGUCACAGGCAUCGUGGACACAAACAUCGCAAGCGGGAUCGAGAGAGGGACUCUAGCACAGAGGAUGGCAGAGAGUCUCCUACAUAUGAUACUCCAUCCCAACGUGUGCAGUUUAUCCUUGGAACAGAAGAUGAUGACGAAGAGCAUAUCCCUCAUGACCUCUUCACUGAGCUUGAUGAAAUUUGUAUGCAUAAUGAUGAAGAUACAGAAUGGAAAGAGACUGCUAGAUGGCUAAAAUUUGAGGAAGAUGUGGAAGAUGGAGGAGAUCGAUGGAGCAAGCCAUAUGUUGCUACAUUGUCGCUUCACAGCUUAUUUGAAUUGAGGAGUUGUAUCAUCAAUGGGACAGUCCUGUUGGAUAUGAGAGCUAGCACUAUUGAGGAGAUUUCUGACCUAAUCUUGGACCAGCAAGUACCCUCAGGACUGAGUGAUGAGAUUCGUCAAAAGGUUCAUCAAGCCCUCCUGAAACGACAUCAUCAUCAGAAUCAAAAGAAGCUUAGUAAUCGAAUUCCUAUAGUGCGAUCCUUUGCUGACAUUGGAAAAAAACAUUCAGAUCCACAUUCAUUGGAUAAAAAUGCUGGUGGGAAGACCUCGAGACAUGUUGAAACCUCUCCUCAAAGAGCUUCAGGUCACAUGAUCUCACCACAGUCUGCACCUGCUAAUUUGGAAGGCAAAAUUGACGUCAGCCGAGAGAACAGUACAGUGGACUUUAGCAAGGUGGACAUGCAUUUUAUGAAAAAGAUUCCUGCGGGUGCAGAGGCUUCCAACAUUUUAGUUGGUGAACUUGAAUUUUUGGACCGAUCAAUAGUAGCAUUUGUCCGUUUGUCUCCUGCUGUUGUUCUCUCAGGAGUUGCUGAAGUUCCCAUUCCAACACGAUUUUUGUUUAUUCUCUUGGGGCCUCUUGGUAAAGGUCCACAAUAUCAUGAAAUUGGCAGGUCGAUUGCAACCCUGAUGACUGAUGAGGUAUUUCAUGAUGUUGCAUACAAAGCAAAAGAUCGUAAUGAUUUAGUUGCUGGUGUGGAUGAAUUUCUUGAUCAAGUAACUGUUUUGCCACCAGGGGAGUGGGAUCCAUCAAUUCGAAUAGAGCCACCAAAAAGUGUACCGUCCCAGGAGAAAAGAAAAAUUCCAGGGAUUCCAAAUGGAACCACAGCUCAUGGGGAUUCUGACCCAUUUGAAAUGCAUAGUGGACCUGAGCUGCAGAGGACAGGAAGGAUAUUUGGUGGAUUAUGUGAAGACAUCAAAAGAAAAAUUCCAUAUUACUGGAGUGAUUUUAGAGAUGCUAUCAACUUACAAUGUGUAGCAUCCUUUCUGUUCCUGUACUGUGCGUGUAUGUCCCCUGUUAUCACAUUUGGUGGUCUGCUUGGAGAAGCUACAGAAGGUUGCAUUAGUGCAAUUGAGUCUCUGUUUGGAGCGUCUAUGACAGGCAUAGCAUAUUCACUGUUUGCAGGGCAACCACUAACAAUCCUAGGAAGCACAGGACCAGUCUUGGUGUUUGAAAAGAUCCUGUUUAAAUUCUGCAAAGAUUAUGGUUUAUCCUAUCUUUCUCUGAGAACCUGUAUUGGACUUUGGACAGCUUUUCUUUGCUUAGUUCUUGUUGCUACAGAUGCAAGUUCGUUGGUCUGUUAUAUCACCCGUUUCACAGAGGAAGCAUUUGCUUCCCUUAUUUGCAUAAUAUUCAUCUAUGAGGCACUAGAAAAGCUGUAUCACCUUGGUGAGACAUACCCUAUCAAUAUGUAUAAUCACUUGGAGCAGUUGACCCACUAUUCAUGCAUUUGUGUAGAACCACAGAACUUGAACAAUAAAACCUUAGAGUACUGGAAUAACCUCAAUAUCACAGCAGCAGAAAUUCCAUGGGGAAAUAUGACACUGUCUGAAUGUGUAAAAUUUCAUGGAAGGUUCCUUGGCAUAGCUUGUGGGCACCAUGGUCCAUAUGUUCCUGACGUUUUAUUCUGGUCAAUUAUACUGUUCUUUUCCACAUGUACAUUAUCACAUUUCCUGAAGCAAUUUAAGACGAGUCGGUAUUUUCCUACCAAGGUACGAUCAACAGUUAGUGAUUUUGCUGUCUUUCUUAGUAUCGUAACUAUGGUUUUAAUUGAUUAUGGUCUUGGGAUACCAUCGCCGAAGCUCCAAGUCCCUAGUGUUUUCAAGCCAACCAGAGAUGACCGUGGUUGGUUGAUUAAUCCUUUGGGUCCAAACCCAUGGUGGACUGUCCUUGCAGCUUUUAUUCCGGCCCUCCUUUGCACUAUACUCAUUUUCAUGGACCAACAGAUCACUGCAGUUAUUGUCAACAGGAAGGAACACAAAUUGAAGAAAGGAUGUGGUUACCAUUUGGAUUUGAUAAUUGUGUCCAUCAUGCUUGGAGUUUGCUCUAUUUUGGGAUUGCCCUGGUUUGUGGCUGCUACUGUGCUCUCCAUAUCACAUGUCAACAGCCUGAAAUUGGAGUCUGAAUGUUCUGCACCUGGCGAACAGCCAAAAUUCUUGGGUAUCCAUGAGCAACGAGUUACUGGCCUUAUGAUAUUUGUCCUUAUGGGGUUAUCUGUCUUCAUGACCUCUGUUCUACAGUUCAUUCCAAUGCCAGUAUUGUAUGGAGUGUUCUUGUAUAUGGGCGCAUCUUCUCUCAGAGGAAUUCAGUUAUUUGAUCGGUUGAAACUCUUUGGGAUGCCUGCAAAACACCAACCAGACUUCAUCUACCUACGACAUGUGCCUCUUCGGAAAGUUCACCUCUUCACUGUGAUUCAGGCUUCUUGUUUGAUUAUCCUUUGGAUAAUAAAAGCUUCUCGGGCUGCCAUUGUUUUUCCUAUGAUGGUAUUGGCCCUCGUGUUUGUCCGAAAACUGAUGGAUUUCAUCUUCACUAAGCGAGAGCUGAGCUGGCUAGAUGAUGUGAUGCCUGAAAGUAAAAAGAAAAAAUUAGAAGAUGAAGAAAAAGAAGAAGAACAAAUAAUGUUGACAAUAGAAGAAGGAACAAUUCAGUUACCUUUGGACGGAGGUUACAGGGAUGAUCCUUCUGUUAUUAACAUUUCUGAUGAAAUGGCCAAAACUGCUGUCUGGAAAGCACUCCCAAUGAAUACUGGAAAUGCAAAAAAUAAAGACACUUUCUUUGCAUCAAAAAGCGCACAUGUUCAUCUUGAACGAAGAAAAGAGAAGAAUGUCAACUCAGGGAAGGGUAUCGACAGGGAAACAUGUCUUUGAUCUACUUUAUUAAUCGUUUCAUGUUUAACCUGCUCAAUUAGUGGAAAAUUAGUGUGAUAUGUAGUUAUACAAUCAAAUUCAAUUCCAAUCUAUCAAUUUACCAUUAAACCAGCAAAUAAUAACUUAUGAACAGUGUUGGAUGCACUAAUAUACUAUUAGGUACUAGUAAGUGUUUCAAGAUUUCACAUGUGAAAAUAUUAGUGUAUCAGAUGUGCACUUGAUAUAAAAAAAAACUGCAGUUUACUACUUGUAGCAUAUUGGUCAAAUAUCUCAUCUAGAUUUUAUAGCUGUAAUUUAAAAGUUAGUAUUUGUGAUUUUACAUUUUAAAUAUGUAGUUACCUACUUAUUUAUAUUGCUUUAUACGGUUAUAUUUAGACUGAGCUAUUCGGAAGUGUUAAGUUAGUGUUGGCAUUAUAUACCAUUCAAUAACAUAUUUUCUCUUAGAUGCUUUUCAUAGCCUCUUUAUUUUAUGUAUUAUGCAAAAUGCAAAAGCUUUAUCUGGGAGAUAUACAAAAUGAUCUAUAUUUCCAUAGAGAGAAUGAUUAUGGAAAAUUAAUAUAUUUACCACUUUAGAUCCCUUUCUAAAUCUAUUCUGAGUUAAUUUAUGAAUAUUUAACAAGUUAACAGAUUUUAUUUAAUGCUGCAAGGUUAGUAACAUUGGUCAAGCAGGGAGUGUUUAGGAUUUACUGUUAAAGUAUCCAGUGAGAAGCAAUGAUUUUCUCAUUGCUGGUAAUAUGUAAUAUAGUAAUGAUAAUACCGUAGUUCUGUUUCUGAAAAAGGCACAUUUUGUCAACAGGUGAAGUUGACUGUAACAAGUUGCUACUGUGUUGUAGCAAUAAGAGUGGUAUACCCCUAACAGGAUGCUGCCAUGAUGUAAAAAGAUGUUCUGCCUAUCAUACGUGAAUAAUGUGGUAUACAAAUUUCAGUGCUGAUAUGAUGCGAAGGCAUAUGUCACAAGGACAGGUUCCAGCUGUUCACUAUGGGCAUAGUAUUUACCCAUACCCCAAAAGCCCAUGCUUGCAAAACCCAAAACUUCGAGUUCAACAUUAGAUGUGAUUUCAUGUUUGGACAACAUUUGCUAAAUAGGUAGGAAUUAUACCAACAACCAGUUUAUGAUUGGCACUUAGGUUCAUUGUGUGGUACUCUUGUGUGUACUUGAAACUAUGUAUGUUCAUCUAAAGGGUUCUGUGUUUUGCAGAUAGAAAGAACAUGUACAAGCAUUGUAUCUGUUUUAACCUAACAAAAUAGGGAACAGACAAUUUAUCUGUUUCAUUCUUCAGGGCAUUGCCUUGAAUAAUUUAAAACUGCUUGUUUAACUUUAAAUAAAGCUUGACAAUUAACUGUCAGUCAUACAGUACAGAAUGUUAUUUUGUAUUCUUCCAAUAUUCUGAUGACAGCGAGAUAUGGAAGGUCAACAAAAUGUCUUUUUUCAGCAAUAAUCAUGUUUUAUACUACGAAAUGAAGAUUCAACUUAAUUCUAAUUAAAAUUGCAAUAUUAAAGAGGCUGUUUAUUUUGCAUAGCACACAUAAUUUAUAGUACACUUUCUCUGUGUAUUUUAAAUGAGGACUUCCCCAAUUGAGAUUGUAAAUUGAAAUUCUGGGUUGCAAGUUCUGGGUUGCAGCAAUGGCCAUCUGUGAAGUUUGAACUUUUAUAACAGUUCUGUUUUCAUUCUCCCAGACAGGCUUCCACUGUAGUAGACACACUCCCCACCACACCUUCUGCCCCAUUUUUCCAAUCCACCCUUCCCCAUGCAGGUCCCCUUCCCUAUAUCAUAGUUCUCAUUUAGCAGUCAGGCACUUUUCCAAUGUCAAAAUAAGGUUACAAUGAGGAAAAGUUUCGGAAGCACUGUUUGAAAGCUUUGCAAUGAUCUGACAAAGAAACAAAACCAGCUAAUCAUUAUUAUUAGUAAGGGGUCCAUUUUGUUUCUGUGAACCUGUUCAAUCCAAUAAGAAAACAUAAAUUUUCAUUGUGAAAUGAAUGAAAAGCAAAAUAUCUGUAAUCUGUACACAAAAUAACUAAAAUUGGCCAGUAAUUUAGAAUUUUCACACAUUUCUCUGUAGUACACUAAAAUAAAUUUUGUUAAUUGAAUUUAGAAAUGUCACUUAAUCGUAUUACAAAUCUUUUUAAUGUAUGUAAAUGUAUUGUUUAAGAGAUCUAUUAGCACAACUGGGUUUUUCAUUCGUGAUUCAAUUAAAGUUAUAUCUGUAUAUGAUGGCUGAACAUUAAAAUUCACAAAGCAAUUUAUUUUAAUCUUUUUGAUGGAAUGCUAUAAUUGCAUAACAAAGGUUAAUAUCAGUAGUUGUUUUAUGCAGAAAUGUAAAUACAGAUUUAUUCAAUAUGGAUCAGCUCUUCUGUAUUUUUAAUGGCAUUCUUAUGUUGAACAACUCUAAAUUUGUUCCUUUUUAAAUUUGCUAUUCUUGUAAAAUGUGAUAAAACAAGGUAAGCAUAAUUUAUUGUAUUAAUAUGUCUAGUGUUGUUGAUUAAAGAACGUAGAAUCUACAAUUGGGUUUUACUUUCGCUAACUAUGAAAAUGUUUGGUUCCAUUUUAAUCCGUAUUGAAUAUACUAUGCUUCUAAAAUAUCUUUUAUCUUCUGGAGCAUAAAUAUUAAA